AUGGCAAUGCAGAUGCCUUACUCCGCCAUCUCGGUCGUUCUGGCAGACGAUGAUAUUCCAGUUGGCAAUGCCAUCGCUGUGUUUCUCAAUCAGCUGGGUGGUGCACUGGCAGUGUCUUUGGGACAGACUAUUACUCUCACAACUUUAGUCACCUUGGUCCCACAGCGCUUGCCUGACUUAUCUCUGCAGCUAGUCAAGGAUGCCGGCGCGUCAAAUCUUUCAUCUUUGCGUCUCAGCAUCGAGGACAUGACAAUUGUGCGGGAUAUUUGGAACACGGCCAUUGUAAGGACUAUGAUACUGGCCACCGCAUUUAUCGCUGCAGCGCUACCUUUCACGCUGAGCAUGGAGUGGUUGAAUGUGAAGACGGAAGCGGAAACAAGGAGACAGGCGGGUGCUUUGCGAGCACAAGAGAACGCACGGGAGGGUAAUUUCAGCAAUAAGCCGGGCGAGUGA